ACCGGUCCUCAUGCUGCAGUCGCUACAAACACAGGUAAUUAAUUCGCUAAAUAGUCUUAUUCUCAGGUAAUCAAAUGUUUACGGUGCUUGAAGGGUCAUCGGCUUUAAUGGUUUAGUCAGCUGCAAACUAGCAAGUGUAGGCAAAUAAAUAAUGUAAUGAUGCGCGGCUAGUUUCAGUACUCAUCGUUGAGUGGUCGGAGCCGCUACAGUCCGUGGUGUGAGUGACCUCAAGUGAACGGCGCGCGCUGUGCUGAGUCGCUGAGUCGGUGAGUCGCGUGAUAUCAGUGCGAGCGACGUUAUCAGUGCGCGAUUAGAUACCGCCGCGAGCGCACCGCCCGCACCUGUGCGCCGCCAACAGCCAUGAGGACCCGAGACCGGCUCGCCGAGCUGCAGCAUCUGGCGAGCGGCGCGGCCGGCGGCGUGUACUGCGACACCGUGCAGCCCGGCCAGCCCGACGCCGCCGCCAAGCACGACGCGCACAUCCAGGACAUCUUCCAGGAGGUACGAGCCGCGGGCCGCAGUCACACGCCGCUUCAUUACGGCGGACGUGCGAUGUUGACGAUUAGCUCGUUGUGUUCAUUAACGGCCCAACUAAUUGUUUAGUGCCAGCCUCGUCCUAGUGCAGCGCACGCGCACCGCACUUCCCUCGCAGCCCGUCACAUAAUCAUAAUGAUAGUGACACAAAAUUUUCCAUGUGCUGCGCUCUGCUGACGUCACGUAUUUAUUAUUACUGUUAACGCUUACUAACAUAUUGUUACGUGUUAUUACAGUGCCUAUUUGUAAUCUCCAUCAAAACUAAAUAAUGAUGUAGGACAAGGCGCGCGUCACACCUAGGUCGGCGCGCGAGGCGACGCGAUCUUUGUUUACACUCGCGCCGCACUAUCGCGGCCCGCGACCUUGACCCGGCGACGCCGCGCUGCACGGCUCGUUCAUUCCAUGCGUGGUGCUGCAGGUGGAGCGCAUGCGCGGCUGGAUCCACGAGCUCGACAACAACACACAGCUGAUCCGGCGCCUGCACUCCGACCCCACCUUCCACACCAACAAAAAUUUGCAGGAGCAGUUGGAUGCGGCAGUGACAGCAUCGAAUGCGACCGGGCUGAAGGUGAGCGGGGCGCUGCGCCAGUUCGAGGGCAGGCUGAGCGCGCGCAACGACGCGGCGGCGCGCAUCGCGCGGCUGCAGUACGCGGCGUGCCGGCGCCUGUACGCGGACGCGCUGCAGCGGCACCACGCCGCGCUCGACGCCGUCCGCGCGCACCAGCUGCUCCUGCUGCAGCAUCAGAUCCAGCUCACCCAGCUGUCGGUGUCGGAGGAGGAAUGCGAGGCGCUGCUGGAGUCCAACAACAUCGCGCUGUUCGUGGACAACGUGCGCGCCGAGACGGCGGAGGCGCGGCGCGCGCUGCGCGACGUGGAGGCGCGCCACGAGGAGCUCGCGCGCCUCGAGGCCGCGCUCCGCGACGUGCGCGACCUCUUCACGCAGCUCGCGCAUCUCGUCGCGCAGCAGCAAGACCAGGUGGACAGCGUGGAGUAUUACGCACUGCAGGCCACUGAGCACGUCGGAAGCGGUGGCACGCAACUACUCAAGGGCACCGUCAGCCGCACCAAGGCGCGCAAGGUAAGCGCCGCCAGAGGCAGGUCCUGCAACACGCCAUGACACUGCAAAC